UGAAGCCGCUGCGAAGAAAAGUCGCACCUUCUUCCCCCUUUCUUUCUCUCUUUACCCUCUCCCUCUUCUUAAUCGCCUGAAUAAAACCCCCACUUCUUCCAUUCUUAGCAUCUCAAACUCCCCCUCCAAAUCGAGGCCUUCUCGAUUCAACCAUUCAACUUGUUUCUUCAAUCUACUUCCAGGAGCUGGAUAUGUGCAGUGGCUCAAAGAAUAAAGUUGCUUUCUCGAAUUCCGCCAUGGAAUCUAAGUUUCAGAAGCUUAGAGAUGGAGCUUUAUUCUCUGCGAAUUCGAUCUUGCUUGAACUAUCAGCCUCUGAUGAUGUAGAUGGGUUCAAGAGAGAGGUGGAAGAAAGGGAUUUGGAUGUUGAUGAACCAAGCUGCUGGUAUGGAAGAGGAAUUGGGUCAAAGAAGAUGGGUUUUGAAGAAAGAACUCCACUUAUGAUCGCUGCUAUGUAUGGAAGCUCUAAGGUUGUCAAAUACUUAAUUGAGACAGGCAAGGUUGAUAUCAACAGGGCUUGUGGAUCAGAUAUGACCACUGCCCUUCACUGUGCCUCUGCUGGUGGCUCUGGUUCUUCCCUUGAAACCAUCAAGCUCUUGCUCGACGGAUCGGCUGACGUUGAUUGCGUCGAUGCGAACGGGAGAAAACCUGUUGAUUUGAUUGUUUCAGCUUGCAGGAUGGUGUGUUAUUCAGGAAGGAAAGCUAUGGAGAUGUUGUUGAGAGGAGAUGGUAUGGCUGGGGUAGGUGAUCUGAGCCUUUUCCUAGAAGAAGACCAGCAGAAGAUCUCAGCUUCCCUGUCUGCGAAAGAAGGAAGUGACAAGAAAGAGUAUCCCGUUGAUAUAUCGCUGCCCGACAUCAACAGCGGGAUAUAUGGCACUGAUGAUUUCAGGAUGUAUACUUUCAAAGUGAAGCCUUGUUCGAGGGCGUAUUCGCACGAUUGGACCGAGUGUCCUUUCGUUCAUCCUGGCGAGAAUGCUAGGCGUAGAGACCCCAAGAAGUACCCUUAUAGUUGCGUCCCGUGCCCUGAAUUCCGAAAGGGGGCUUGUCCUAAGGGAGAUUCCUGUGAGUAUGCACAUGGUGUCUUUGAGUCUUGGCUCCACCCUGCUCAAUACCGAACCCGGCUCUGCAAGGAUGAGACUGGCUGCACAAGGAAGGUCUGCUUCUUUGCUCACAGACCUGAUGAGUUGCGCCCUGUAUAUGCAUCGACUGGCUCAGGCAUGCCUUCGCCUAGGUCUCUUUCAAGCAGUGCUGCAGAUAUGUCUACCAUGAGCCCGUUGGCUCUUGGUUCAUCGUCGUUGUCGUUGCCGACUGCUUCAACGCCUCCCAUGUCUCCCUUAGCAUCGGUGUCUUCCCCUAAAAAUGGGAACUUGUGGCAGAACAAGAUUAACCUUACUCCUCCUGCUCUGCAGCUCCCUGGUAGUCGGUUGAAGGCGACCUUGAGUGCAAGAGAUUUGGAUUUAGAGAUGGAAUUACUUGGAUUAGAAAAGAACGUGAGCCAAAUGCAACAUCAACAACAGUUGAUCGACGAGAUAUCCCGGCUCUCCGCUCCUUCUUACUGGAGUGCAGACAUAAGCAGGAGCGCAGAGUUGAAGCCAUCAAACCUUGAUGACAUGUUUGGAUCAUUAGAUUCUUCCUUGUUGUCUCAGUUGCAGGGCACGUCGCUAAAAACGCCAAUCUCGGCUCAAGUUCAAUCUCCAACCGGGCUGCAGAUGCGCCAAAACAUGAACCAACUCCGUGCGAGUUACCCAGCUAACUUAUCAUCCUCACCUGUAAAGAAACCCUCUUCAUUUGGCUUUGAUUCAUCAAGUGCAGUGGCAGCUGCUGUGAUGAACUCAAGGUCUGCAGCCUUUGCAAAACGAAGCCAGAGUUUCAUCGAUCGAGCUGCAGUGACCCGCCAUCCUGGGGUUACUGGAGCUGCAAAUUCUGCAUCUACAAUGUCUUCCCAUCUCUCAGAUUGGAACUCGCCCGAUGGCAAACUAGACUGGGGAAUGCACGGCAACGAUCUCAACAAACUCAAGAAAUCUGCCUCGUUCGGGAUCCGAAACAACAGCAUGGGAACCCCCACGUUCGCUUCACCAGUAGAGGAGCCUGAUGUCUCUUGGGUUAACUCCUUGGUGAAAGAUGUUCCCUCGGACAGGUUCGGAAUGUUCGGUGCGGAGAAACGAGCAUACAACCUCAAAAGAGACAUCAACGAGAUGAUCCCAUCCUGGAUGGAGCAGCAGUUGUAUGCAGAGCAGGAGCAGACAGUGGCAUAAACAACAGCUGCUACGAUUCCUCCUCUUCAAUAUGCUAACAGUAUCAAGUUCUUCACAUUUCAUUCAAUAUUUGAUUACGGAAACUAAAGUUUAAAGGUAGUCGUAGUAGUAGUAGUAGUAGUAAAGAGCGAAUUGUUGUAGAGGCAAUUCUAGUAAUGGGGUCUCCAUGGAACUUCAAACAGAUCAGUAACAAUCUGAUGUGAUAAUCAGAUGAAUAAGAUAUCUCUGUAUUCUUUUCAUUGUAUUAUAUUAUAUUUGUUAAUUUAUUUUCUCCAUUUCGGGGCUCA